UGUAUAAAUGAAGUCUCGGAAUGCCUGGAAGGAAACUUCAAGAUUAUUCGCAACUGCACAACAACUUCCCCGACAAAGUGCAAAGGCUGUGCGGAGGGGCAUUACUUCGAUCCAGGCUACGGAGAACAUGGAGGAUGUGUUCCUUGUUCACAGCCAUGCGACGGUAUUUUUCAAAAAGAGACAAGGAAAUGCGAAACUGCGCAUGAUCGUUUAUGCACCGCACGGGAUCCAACUGAACUUUUGGUAAAAAGUAAGCCUAUUAAAAACGGACCUAGAGCUCUCAAGAUGCCACCUCAGGCCUUAUUUCUUAUUAUUCUUUAUUUCCUAUAUUAA